AUGGCAUCUACCGGCUCUGGCUUCUGGUCCUUCGGGGCUGAAGAUGGCUCCGGGGACCCAGAGAAUCCUUCCACAGCGAGAGCCUGGUGCCAGGUUGCCCAGAAGUUCACUGGAGGCAUUGGAAACAAACUCUGUGCCUUGCUGUAUGGAGACGCGGAAAAGCCAAUGGAAACCGGCAGCGAGAAAGAGACUCAGGGAUCAACGGAAAAAAAGACUGUCUGUACUUGCAAUCAGAAGCCCUGUAGCUGCCCCAAAGUGGAUCUCAAUUAUGCGUGUUUACACUCAACAGAUCUGCUGCCAGCAUGUAACGGAGAAGUGGCCACUUUGUCUUUUCUCCAAGAUGUAAUGGACAUUUUGCUUCAGUAUGUGGUGAAGAGUUUUGAUAGAUCUACCAAGGUGAUUGAUUUUCAUUACCCAAACGAGCUUCUUCAAGAAUAUAAUUGGGAACUGGCAGACCAGCCUCAGACCUUGGAGGAAAUUUUGUCCAACUGCAGAACAACUCUAAAAUAUGCAAUCAAAACAGGUCAUCCUAGAUAUUUCAAUCAGCUUUCCACUGGAUUGGAUAUGGUUGGAUUAGCAGCAGACUGGCUAACAUCAACAGCAAAUACUAAUAUGUUCACCUAUGAAAUUGCUCCAGUGUUUGUACUUUUGGAAUAUGUUACAUUAAGGAAAAUGAGAGAAAUUAUUGGCUGGCCAGGGGGCAGUGGCGAUGGGAUCUUUUCACCUGGUGGUGCCAUAUCUAACAUGUAUGCUAUGUUGAUUGCACGUUUCAAGACGUUUCCAGAAGUCAAAGAGAAAGGAAUGGCAGCUAUUCCCAGACUGGUUGCCUUCACAUCUGAGCAUAGUCACUUUUCAGUAAAGAAGGGAGCUGCAGCCUUGGGGAUUGGAACAGACAGUGUGAUUCUGAUCAAAUGUGAUGAAAGAGGGAAAAUGAUUCCAUCUGAUUUGGAGAGAAGAAUUGUUGAAGUCAAACAGAAGGGAUUUGUUCCUUUCCUUGUGAGUGCCACCGCAGGAACCACAGUGUAUGGCGCAUUUGAUCCCCUUCCAGCUAUUGCUGACAUCUGCAAAAAAUAUAAGAUCUGGAUGCAUGUGGAUGCUGCUUGGGGUGGCGGACUGCUGAUGUCCCGGAAACAUAAAUGGAAGCUAAAUGGUGUGGAAAGGGCCAACUCUGUGACAUGGAAUCCUCACAAGAUGAUGGGUGUUCCGUUGCAGUGCUCAGCUCUGCUGGUUAGAGAAGAGGGGCUGAUGCAAAGCUGCAACCAGAUGCAUGCUUCUUACCUCUUUCAACAAGAUAAACACUACGACUUGUCUUACGAUACCGGAGACAAGGCUUUACAGUGCGGGCGCCAUGUUGAUGUUUUCAAAUUAUGGCUAAUGUGGAGAGCAAAGGGAACCAUCGGAUUUGAAGCCCAGGUUGAUAAGUGUUUGGAGCUGGCAGAGUAUUUAUACAAUCUUAUAAAAAACAGAGAAGGAUACAAAAUGGUGUUUGAUGGAAAGCCUCAGCACACAAAUGUCUGCUUCUGGUAUAUCCCCCCAAGUUUAAGACACAUGGAAGACAAUGAAGAAAGAAUGAGCCGCCUUCUAAAGGUUGCUCCUGUGAUUAAAGCCAGAAUGAUGGAGUAUGGAACCACAAUGGUCAGCUACCAACCCUUGGGAGAUAAAGUCAAUUUCUUUCGCAUGGUCAUCUCAAAUCCAGCAGCAACUCAUCAAGACAUUGAUUUCCUGAUUGAGGAAAUAGAACGCCUAGGACAGGAUUUAUAA